CACAGCGCAUUCGUCAACUACGCUGGGGGUCAUCUUCAACUGCUACCUAGAGAUGGCCAACAGGCACUGACACGAGACGAAACCUCACCCCAGCCAGCAGGUCGGCACUCUGACGGCAGCAACAGCUCGCACUGCAGGGGCAGUCACUACACAGUGGGCUACGUCUGUCUUCUCUCUCUUGCGUCAAACUCUCGUUCUUUCUCCGCAACGCUGCAUUGCAUCACCACAUCUUCUGGUCUUCUGGACGCCUCACACUCUACGCCAUCAGCCGCCAUGUCGGACCUCCGCAACUUUGACCAGGCCUUUUCCCUCGCGGGAAAGACGGCUCUCGUCACCGGCGGCUCUCGCGGCCUCGGCCUCCACAUCGCAACCGGCUUCCUCCUCGCCGGCGCCUCGCUCGUCAUCGUCACUGCCCGCAAGCUCGAGGGCGAGCAGGGCAUCAACCAGGCCGUCGACAAGCUCAACGCCCUCCCCAACAUCAAGGGCAAGGCUGUCGGCAUCGCCGCCAAUGUCGCAGACUCCAAGGACAUUGUGCGCCUGACCGGCGAGGUCAAGAAGAUUGUCGGCUCCAAGGGGCUCAACAUCCUCGUCUGCAAUGCGGGCGCUGCCUGGGGCUCGCGCUUCGAAGACGCGCCUCCAAGCUCCUCCAUCAAGAUCCUCGACCUCAACGUCCGUGGCAUCUUUGAGCUCACCCAGAAGUUCCUUCCCCAGCUCGCCGGCACCGCUACGCGGCAGGACCCGUCGCGUGUACUCAUCAUUAGCUCGACGGCGGGCACCAAUGUCCCGCACAUUGGCGAGCACGGCACAAUCAUGUACUCUGCCUCAAAAGCCGCGGCAGAUCACCUGGGACGAAAUUUGGCAGUCGAGCUCGGCGGCAAGAACAUCACCACAAAUAUUAUCGCUCCUGGAUUCUUCCCUAGCAAGCUGGCACAGGGGCUGAUCAGCAAUCUCGGCGGAGAGGAGUCUCUCAGUGCAGACAACCCUCUGGGUCGCUUGGGCGAGCCCGAUGAUAUUGCUGGCGUCGCAGUCUUUUUAUGCUCACCCGCGGGCAAAUAUGUGAAUGGAGUCAAUGUUGCAGUGGAUGGUGCAGCUCGUUUGGCGGCAGGCAGGUUGUCGAGACUGUGAGAGGGCAGAGCCAAGAGUGCAGGGCUUUUAUUUACGGCGGGAAACAAAUCAUGAACUGUCUCGACUCGAGACUUUGUGUGUCUUGCAUUCAUGUGUAGUGACAGUUAGCACGCAUCUGAUCAUAUUUUGCCAAUGUCGAAAGUAGCCGGCCUCAAUCUCCGUAGGCUGUCACAGCUGCGG